GAGAGACAGAGAGGGGGGGGUUGCCUCAGAACUCAACAGCUGCACAGUGAGGACUCGAACAAAUAUGAGAUUCAACAUUCAAACAAAUUGACUAGGUGAGCUUGUCGUGCCAGCAGCAGAAACAACAACAACGCGUUUUGUGCGAAAUGAAGAAAGAACUAAAACAGCAGCGAGCUCACUGAACUCAGCCGCUCGGCACUGUCAGUGUCAUUAUUAAUCCGGAAACUCUCAGUUUGGUUCCUAACAUUCUGGACAGUGCAUAGAGCGUUGUUUUUUUCCACCAGAAGACGACAAUGCCGACUCACUCAUCACUGCCGUUUGUGGAGAGCCCAGAUGGCCUUGCUCAAGAUAUUCUUAUUAGUAACAAUGCAAACAUCCCGGGGCCUGGCUCCAGCAUGACGCCACACGCCACCUACUCUGAAAAGGCUGUGUUGCAAUCCGGAGGAAGUGUAUCAGUAUCUUGUAUGUUUUGUGACCUGACCUUUGCCCAUCAGGAUGAGCUGGGACCCCACGUACUUACGCAGCACCCCACCACUUUUUUUGAACCAACCGUGCUCCGAGUCGAAGCCGAGUUCAGGAUCCCAGGAGAGAGACCCCGGCCCAAACCCAGCACCCUCCCUGUUGAGAAAGAGGAGGUUCACAGCUGUAUUGUGUGUGGUCAGGUUUCACAAGACGCCAGUGAGCUGGAGACCCACAUGAGGAAGCACAAAGACUAUUUUACUUACUGCUGCAAUGUGUGUGGGCGGAGGUUUAGAGAGCCCUGGUUCCUCAAGAACCACAUGAAAAUGCAUGUGAAACCAGGAGUCAAGAGCAAGGCCCAGCAAGACCUGGACACCCCUGUCACGGUCAAUGAUGUCGUCCAGGAGCAAGCACCAGAAGCCGUAGUCACUGUUUACAAAAUGUGCAUGGUUUGUGGGUUUUUCUUCCCUGACCACGACAGUUUAGUUGAACAUAGUAAAGUGCACAAUCGAGAGGUGGAGCCGGGGAAAGAUAAAGACAAGGAGAGCAUGGAUGACACUACUGAACCCCCUCAAAAACAAGAAUCCUUUCUUCAGAGUCUAGGACUUAGGUCUCACCCUGCAGGAAAAAGUUUGCUAGAAGAGAGAUCAUCAAAAUGGAUCCCUCAGCUGGAUCCCUUCAACACAUAUCAGGCCUGGCAACUUGCAACAAAAGGCAAGAUAGCAGUGGGCCCUAAUACGACUAAAGAUCUGGGCCAGGAAGCCAGCACAGACAACGAAGAAUGCGGCUCGGAUAAGGAGGAGUUGAAUAAUAUUUGGACGGAGGGACAAGGAGACAAAGCCACAAAAGAGGUACUUGGAAGAGAGCUCCGGUCUCAGACGCAGACUGCAGCAGAAAACCCCCAACCACAGAGGAGGUCUCUGAUGCAAAAAGAUAAAGAGAGGCCGACAACGUGCGAGGAAUGUCAGAGAACCUUCAGGACCUACCACCAGUUAGUCCUCCACUCCAGGGUCCACAAACGCGAGAGAGGAGGGGAAGAGAGUCCGACCUCUUCUUUGGAGGGGAAGUUGUCGAGGGUGAACUCGCUUGAAAACGCAGAGGAAGGCUCCGAGGAGGGAUUUGAGGAGGCGGCUUUGACUGAAAACCUGGGUCCAGGUGAAGAUGGAUUUGACCGUUCAAAAGUCCGAUCGAAAGCAUGCAGCUACUGUGGGAAAUCAUUCAGAUCAAGCUAUUACCUCACAGUUCACCUGAGGACACACACAGGUGAAAAACCGUUCAAGUGUGCUUAUUGUGAUUACGCUGCAGCCCAGAAAACCUCUCUGAAGUAUCACCUGGAUCGCCGCCACAAGGAUAAACCUUAUGUAGAAAUUCCCAGCAGACCGGUUCCUUUAGCGUCCUCUCCAAAUGAUGUGAAACCUGACCAUGAGAAUCCAGCUCCAAAUAGAUCCAAACUCUGGGUUCCUGCAGCCAGACCGGGCUCCAGUGGAAUGCCAAAGGACAGAUUUGACAACAUGGGCUGCAAGCUGAGCAAACCGCUCAUCCAGAUGAAUGCUGAGUAUGAGAAAUUAAUUGCAAAGUCCGCUUACUCCCCGAUUGAUGAUGUGGUCGUAAAGUGCCCCGUACCUGUUAACCUGAAGAUGGAGAGGGAGGAAAUAAAAGACGAGAACUCUGAGGCCCCAUUAAAUCUGUCCUUAAAAGUGUCUCUCUCCAUCUCAGCCGGUGCAGAACCAAGAAUUGCAUUAACUCCAAUCGCCUGUUCGUUUUGUGCGUAUAAAACCAUGUACCCUGAAGUUCUGAUAAUGCACAAAAAGCUGACGCACAAAGACAAGUCGGACUGUGCGAAAAAGAACGGAUUUGGAGGAAGUGUGAAACAAAAGCGUUACACAGGUUGUCCUCCUGCACUUGAAGGGAAGGAUGUCACCCCGCUGCCGAUGAUAGAUCGGCCGCAUCCUCGUCGGACAAAGUCCCCGCCCCCUCAACCUGCUAAACCGCAAGAAAAGGCGCCGAUUAACCUGCCGCACGCCCCCAAGCGAUCCCCAAUUCAUGCACCCUCACAUGAUGUCACCCAGGAGAGCCAUCGUCUUCAGACUAAUUCACAUCCCAGUCAGGACUCGACAAGGUUCACAGAGCUCAUGAGGAAAUCAAACACGGCUACCAAACAUGUCCUGGACCACCCGGCCCCCCCAGAGAGAGUGGGAAUCGGCGAGCGGAGCUACCCGGCGAGGAGCGGCGUCAUUUGGCAAUCGGAUGCCAGACUGUGCCUUUCAAGCCGUUUCGGGAGGCUCCCGCAGAUGGAUUUUGGUGAACCCUCCAGCAAGAAGUUAAAGUAUGUGGUGCCUACGGGACGGGAAGCGGAGACGAGCGAGAAGCCGGGAUUUAGAGGAUCAACAUCGGACGCAUCCAGCAGGCUGCUCCUCUCAGGGAGGAGUGUGAAGAGCACGUCGCAGGGGCAGAGCACGCCUUCGCUGUCUGACACUUUGAAAACAUCCUCUGCAGCGAUUGGAGGAGGUCUGGACUCUGAUUGGAGCAUGAUGAACCUCCUGCGCUCGUACACGCCCAAUGACCUGGCGUCUCUCUAUCACAGCACACCUGCCAACCCCAAUCACGGAGGCCUGACCAACCCAAGAGCAGGGGGCAGAACUGUGCUGUACCAACACUUACCCACUCUGCCCAACCUGCAGAGGAGAGACCCCUCAGGCCCCUUCGCUAACCAACGCUAUGGGACCACUGACAAAAGUAACUAGAGUGGGCACCAAGAUUUGAACUUUGCUGCUACCUUAUUUGGACAACUUCUUGGAAUAUAAGUUUAAGAUAAACAUUUAGGAGGGAUGGUUUGUGCUGAAAAAAGGGCCCUGGCUCCCUUAAUUUGAUAUAUAUUGUUUUUUUUUCCAGUCAAGGAAAACUGUGCUGCAUAAACAUUUCAGGGCAGAGGCCUUUAAGAUAUUUUUUUCUUUUGUUUAAAAAAAAAAACCAGUGCAGGUAAAGUUUCCUAAAAGAUAUAUUUCCACGGGUGUGCACUGUGAUGUUUUCUCCCUUUUCAUUCUGUUAGUUCAUCCAUAUCUGAUCCAGACUCUGUACAUGUCUAUGACAUAACAGCAAAGUUUUGUAUUUGGGGUAGGGUUAGUAUAUCUCUUAAGCGUUCAGUACAUAAAAUUCUAUUGAAUAAAAAUGUAUGAAUUAUAAUUUUUGUGAAAAGAAAAAAAAAAAAAAAAGCUGCUGCUGCUGCCCAGUUCACUUCCUGUUGAUGUCCAUGCAGCAGUUUAGAACUUUUCUCUUUUACUUUUCCCUUUUUUUUUUUCCAAGACACUGAGGGGUGUGUGUGGGAAUUUUUUUGGAAUAACUUGACGGCUUCGGGCCACAGAAAAAAAAAAAAAAAGAGUCCUGUGUAUGUUGAAGUGGUCUACCUCAUGUUGUGCUCUCGACACUGUUAUUUUCAUUUUUUUAAAAAGCUGCUGUAGCUAUCAUGUCAGCUGGGCCUCUGUACCGAGCAGAGCCACAUGUUUUGAGUUGGAGUGUGACUAGAUGGACAUGUGUUCAUCAGGCAGCCGCACAAAACACACACACACACAUCUGGUGACGGAACAACUACUGCUGCGGCCGGGCCGAACCGACCUGUGGCAUGUGAUUAACUGUAACACAAUUCUUCUGGUGGAUUUCUUUGAUAUGCUCUAUAUUUACGAGCCCAGUUUUAAACACAGAACAGAUUUUGUUCAGGUUGUUAUUUGUCUUCUUAAAAAUGGCAAACGGUUAUCAUCUGCUUUAGUUGGUACCUCAGAUCCAUCAGCUGUACGAGGUUCUGUUUGUGUGUGAAAUGCUCAUGGCUGUGUUCUCUGAACUGCACAGUCAGCAGUUUGCUAACGUUGAGCCUUUAAAAGUGUCGUUUCAUCCACUGCUCUCGUUUGACUGUGUAGUUUAGACAGAAUGAAAAUGUAACAGCAGCUAUGUCGAUGGAUGUCUGGAUUGAAUUCUACACUGUGAACAGAGUCUCAGGUGAACUCAUUUAUCAGCUUAGUUAGUCUUCUUUUGUCAUUUUUGAAUUGUUGCCACUUUGAAAGCCUUUGGUUUAAGUUAUUUCUUUUUGUUGUCGUUGUUUGGUUAGUAACCCACAUGUGUACUUAUGUAAAAAUGAAAAAUAUUGUUUGAGAUUUGUAUUACACAUUUCAAUAAUAAAGUGAGAGGCGAACA